AUGACUCUCCGUCUCCCAUUAGUUCUUCUUCUCGUCGCCUCCUUGGCAGUCACUGUCUUUGCCCUUCCGAUUUCGCCGAACCCUCUCGUGCUCAAAAAGGCCCACGGAGCAUUCUGCCAUCUUUGCGAAGAUCUGAUCAAGGUUGAAUGAACAUCAGACAUAUACAUAUUAACUGGAUUCGUUUGUGUUUCAGGACGGAAAAGAACUGGGAGAUGUUGCCCUGGAUGCGUGGUUGGACGAGGAGAUCGGAACUCGCUGCAAAGACUUCGGACUGUUGGCAUCCGAGUGUCUGAAAGAGCUGAAAGUGGCCGAGCACGACAUCUGGGAGGCCAUCGACCAGGAAAUUCCGGAGAAUAAGACUUGCACGGAUGUUAAAUUAUGCUGA